AUGCAUUUCCAAACUCUCCUCCCAUUCGUCCUCGCCAGCUUGGCAACCGCCCACACCGUGCCCUGGGUCAAAGGCAUGUACUGCAUUAAUGGAACUUCUCACGAAGAUGCCCCCAACACCAACACUGCCGUCAACCCACUCUACAACCUCGCGAAAGCCGACUGGUGGUUCCAACACGAUCGUGGCUGCGACGCCUAUCCCCCAGACGAAGGCGACAUCCUCGAAUUACCUGCCGGCGGUUCCUUCGAGGUCGAGAUGGCCCACAAUCGUGCGCAGACCACUCUCUCCUACGAUGGCAAAUUCACAUCCAUUUGGCCCGAUGGCAAAGAGCACCCUGAGGACUGGUCCGGGCCAGGUAACCCCCCAGAGUGUAUCACGGACGGGACCGGGGCUUUACACACGAACAACCAGACCAUGGCCGCUGGCUCCGCGUUCGCCAUCUCUUACAACUCCGAACUCUCUGACGUGACAAGCGAAAACCUCGUCGUCUUUACCGUAGCUGCUCACACGCCAUGGAAACGUCUAGCUUCAUUCUCUGUCCCCGCUGCGCUGCCCGCUUGCCCUCCUGGCGGCUGUCACUGCGCCUGGCUUUGGGUCCCCAACGGUUGCGGACAGCCGAAUAUGUACAUGGCCGGCUAUCGAUGCAACGUCACUGGCGCUACGUCCACCAUACCCGUUGCUAAGGGGCAAACCCCCGUAUACUGUCCCGAUGAUGCGAGCAAGUGCGUUAAGGGCGCUAAGCAAAUGGUUGUUUGGAAUCAG